GCCAGCCCUCGCCCCAAAGCAAUGUCACUUUCAUUACCGCUGCUACCCUAACGAACGUCGGCCCCCGUUUUGAGUGGUAUGGUCUGGCAGUCCGAGACGAGGCGUUCUUCCAUGCCCUCAUCUCUGACACCUGUGCGCAUUACACAUACAUGACGGGGCUGGAAUUGCCGUAUAAAUGGAUAUUUUUCAGGCACCGAGGCGAGGCUAUCCGCGUAGUCAACCAAAGAAUUGCACAAGGACGAUUUGACGAAGGGACCGUAAAUGCGAUUAUAAUAUUUGCUCACCAAGAUAGUUUUGAGGACCAUCCGCAAGAGUCCAAGAAGCAUAUGGAUGGCCUCGUCCAACUUGUUCGAGCAGCAGGUGGACUGCAGUCUCCAGAUUUCAGCGAGAAAACUCGGCGGCAUUUGUUCUUUGUGGACCUUGCCGCCGCUAUAAUUGCGAAUACCAAGCCGCAUUUCUCACCAACCAUGGACUUGACGAAUCUAGAGCCAUAUUUCGGGAAACCGAGUCCUGCUGCGCUAUCACAUAUAAACUCAUUUGGAGCACGACUUUACAACUUCACUGGAUCACCACUAUUUGAUCAAGCUGCGAGAGUAUUAUGGGGGCUUCGAAGUAUUUCUGAGCUGGUGGCAGCAUUCAGAGAAAACAGUGCCACCCCCGACACCGCCUCUGCUUCUGACAUACAGUUUACCGAUCGAGUGGAAGUCUUGGAACGGCUGGUCCAUCAAUUGUGGUUUAUUGAGGACCCUGCAACGCCGCAGCAUGUCAUCUUCCAAACCUUUGGGUUCACGUGUUUAAUCUACAUCUACACAGCAUUACGAGAUCUCCCAAUGGGACUGGAUAUGAACAGGAUGCUGGCGAGAAAAGUUAAGAUGGCUUUGGAGACUUGUGCAGAACUCAAUGUACUUCUUGCAACCUUCCCAGAUCUCCUGCUCUGGGAGAUGCUCCUCUGUGGAAGAGCCGCCAGCCUCAGGGAUAAGCCAUUCUUGGCUCAACAGACUACGAAGAUAUUGAUGGUGAGGAAGUUGGAGGAUGCGAAAGAUAUCAUUGCAGCAUCAGAUACAUUUCUCUGGCCUGAAAGAGGGGCGCUAGCUCCUCUCGUUGCAGUCGGUCCCAUCCAUCCGUCCGGUUCGGUGAUCGAAAUUGAGGACUCAUGAUUUAUUUUCAACUUUUCGAUGACACGAAUCGAGGAAAUUUAGGAAAUUUCUGUGGCUCAUGUCUAAGUGCACCAGUGUACAUUCAAGUAUAUCUUGAUUGACAUGGG